UUUCCUUGUUUACAUAUUAAUUAAUGACGAAUGGCGAGGUUGAAGUACUGCUGAAAGUAGAUGUAAAGAAUGCCUUUAAUUCUUUGGACAGGGCAACUUUGCUGACCGAAGUCUCAACGCAACUUCCUGAAAUUUAUCCAUAUGUCUGGCAAUGUUACAGCUCAGCUUCAAAAUUAUUUUUUGGAGAUAGCGAUAUUAAGUCUUCUGUAGGCGUUCAGCAGGGGGAUCCUUUAGGUCCGGCCCUGUUCAGCUUAGGGAUCCAUAACCAUAUUUCAAAUUUAACAUCUAAAUUUAACAUAUGGUAUCUUGAUGAUGGAACCAUUGGGGGCAACGUGGAUGACGUUCUAAAAGAUCUUAACCAUAUUAAGCAACAGUUUGGCAAAAUUGGUUUAGAACUAAAUUUUUCGAAAUGCGAAUUGUUUUUCACAGAAAAACUGUCGCAAGAUAGAAUACGAUUGGCCUCUGAUUUAUUUAAUGAAAUUACCCCUAGCAUUAAGAUACUCGAUAAACAUUCACUUUGCCUUCUUGGUGCUCCUCUUUAUAAUGAAUCCAUACAACCACUUUUGGAUCAAAAAAUUAGAACAUUUUCGACUAAUACCGACAAAUUGGGCGCUCUAAAUUCUCACAUUGCAUUUUCGAUCCUAAAAUAUUGCCUUUUCGUACCUAAAUUAAUUUAUAUCCUUCGCGCGAGCCCAAUUUGGAAAUUUCCUGGACUACUCGAUAAUAUGGAUGCCACCCUUAAAAGUACACUAGAACAAAUUCUAAAUUUAACUUUUGAUGAGCACUCCUGGAACCAAGCUACUUUACCGGUCAAGUACGGUGGCAUCGGCGUGAGGAAAAUUUCCAGUGUAGCUCUUCCAGCUUUUCUGUCCUCUGUGCAUAGUAUAAGAGAGCUUAGCUCUCAAAUUCUCAAAUCAAAUUCAAUAUCAUUGACCUAUGCCACAGAGGCCCUAGAGAGUUGGAAGGUCAGAUGUCCCAAUGUCGAUAUUCCAAAGGAACGUUCUACACAAAAACUUUGGGAUUUGCCAUUGGUUCAGCUGACACAUUCAAAUUUGCUGCAAAAUCUUACAAGUGACAGAGAUCAAGCCAGGCUCCUAGCAUUAUCGGAAAAGGAAUCUGGGUAUUGGCUUCAUGCCUUGCCAUCCAAAAAUCUCGGCACCCUUUUAGAUAAUGAAAGUUUUCGUGUGGCUCUAGGUCUCAGAUUGGGAACACCGCUGUGCCAUCAGCACAGAUGUCCGUGUGGAAAAGAGGUUGAUAAAUUUGGAAUCCACGGACUCUCUUGCCAAAGGAGCGCUGGUAGGCUAUUUAGGCAUGGCUCUCUUAACGACACGAUCAAAAGGGCUCUUGCCACCAUAGACGUUCCUGCGCUCAUUGAGCCGUCAGGGAUUAGACCUAUAGAACGUACGAAUAUUAUUUAUAGCACUUCUAAAGCUUCUAAAUCUAAAUCUGCUUCAAAUGGUGUGCCGGUGCGGUCGAGGGCCAGAGUCCUGAGCAUGAUAGCCAGCCGAAUCAACUGGUGCUAUGUAAUGAAAUAA